AUGUUAAUACGAAUUAUCGUCUUGUAUGUGAUAGUCACUCUUGAAGUUCAAUUAGGUGAAACUUUACGGUGCUAUUCGUGUAGCAAUGAUCAUGAAUGCAGCCGACGACUCCCCCCAGCGAUUAUUAUGGGAGCUUGGGCGCCGAUUCCGAGCGCUUCCAUCACACCGACGCCGUUACCGGCAAGCGUUAAAGUUGUUUACUCUGAAGGAGAUGAUACUUUGUUUUCAUGUUCGAUAAAAGUAACGUCAGAAGGCUGGACAAUACGAGCUUUAGUACCCGCAUACGAAUGUCAAAGUUCACCAUAUGAGUUUUGUUGCAACGAAGUGUAUUGUAAUCAUCUACCAUCUCCACCAUUACCUGCAUUAACCGCUCUUAAAUGUACUGUUUCUAAAUGUUCCAAAUCCAGAGAAACGUGUAUCCCGAAACUUACCACCAUCAGUAGCGCUACUGAAUCUUGCUCGGCAAGAUUCGGAGAAGAUGGCUACAGAUAUUAUAAAAAAGGCUGUCAACCAACCAUUUCAGGCAUAGAUCAGGCAUAUCCAUGGAAGAAGACAGAGCCUAUGCAUUGCUGUAACUCUCCUGAAUGUAAUAUAGAACCUGAAGCAAAUGCGUUUAAAGGUAUAGCUAUUCAAUGCUACACAUGUGACUCGCGUAUAACCGGUUUGGAGGGAUGUAUGUUAUUCGAUGAAUCGAGUCCACAUGUUUACAAAGCAGGAUCAUCCAGCCGUGAAGAAUCGUGUGCUACGAUCAUCGGUCUCACUGGACGAGAUUCGGUUACUGGCACUAUUUAUCCAGACUUCGCCAUACGUACAUUCAUUCCAAAAUGUGUCAAUCAAAAUUGGGGUACUGUUUCUUAUGGUGGUGCUACUUUCUGGGGCCGUAUCGAAUGUUGCGCAAGCCAUUUAUGCAAUAAAGAAAAUAUAGAUAUUCCAAAACGUCGUGGGAAACUUUCAAAGAUCCGCUUUUUUACCAUUGGCAUUAUCAUUACUGGUUUACUCAUUGGCAUCGGAAUAAUCGUCGGCAUUAUUUAUCGAUCUUGUCAGAAAAAGAGUAAGGCUAUGUAUAUGUCAGUUACUACAAGCAAACCAGACGAUGGAUUUGAAUUACGUCCACGAACACUUAGAACGGAGCCGUCAGAACGAGCUACUGCUGGUGAUUAUCCGGAAAUGGGUGCUGCUCCGUGA